GACUGAACAUAACAAAAUAUUUUUUAUAUAAAAAAAUAGUUAAAAAAAAAAUACCGAAAAGACUAAAAAAUCAAGGCACCUUUGGAAAGAGCUAUCAGUGUGCUACCACCUCAAAUUACUGUGUCACGAAAUUUCCCCAGGUUAAAACGCUAGCGGAAACUCAAAAAAUGCCCAAACCCACGAAAUAAGAAUAAUUCUUUUAGGACGGCGAUUGUUUUAAUAUAGUUUUACUUUAAAUAAUCGACAAAAAUGUCCAAUUUAAGUAAUUUAGGGUUUUGGGUAGAAUUAUCGAUACCUAACCUCACUUUUAUUUGUCAAAUAUCAAAUAAACACGUCGAUGUUAUUAAAAUGAGGUGAUUGGGCGAAUGUUUGUCGUAAUUUUGACGAAAUAGUGCUCCACGUGGCUCCAUUAGCGUGUUUUUGUGUCUCAAAUGGGGCUAUCACGUCAGGAGGUGAACUUGCUCCGUCUUUUGGCCAAAUGCGAGCUCAUGUGCAAAAGCAAGCAAAAAGACGACGAUCGUAUGCCCAAAUACGUGGAAAGUCUCGAAGACAUGUACCAGGAAGUGAAAAAAACGUCAGACCCCAAUUACGAGUUUCUUUUGGUGUACCAGGGCCGUAUCGCGGCCAUUAAGGCCGAAUUGGGGAUCACUACUAGUAAAUAUCCGCCGGAAAACGACACAGAAUUGCUUCGGAAGUCUCCUAGCUUGCAGUGUGUGAGACACCGCAACGUCCCCGAAACGAGCGAUUUGAACCAAGUUUUGAACUUCCACGAGGGUUUGCAACAGAAAAUCACCGAUGAUAUGCUCAUUUUGACCAAGAAUUUGAAAGAACAGUCGGAAUUAGCCAACAAAAUUAUUAAAAAAGACACCAAAGUUGUGUCUUUUUUGCUUUGUACCUCAUUGCAAAAACUAUGUGGGAGGCUCAUUAUUAUUAUAAACAAAAAAAUACUCCUACAAAACGUUAGGUGACAGAUUAAAUAAAACUUUUAAGUUGUCACAAAAUUCCGUCAAAAUCCCGCCAAACGUCGCCGCGUCGCACAGUGGUCGAAACUAGCAUGAAAACGGCAAAAACUUGAAAAAAUCUUUAUAUUAAAUAAGACACCUGAAGAACUAGUUUUGUAUAGAAUUUUAGGCUUUUACAUUCAAUCUAGACUAAAAAUAACAUUUUUCGAACAACCCUUUUAAUGUUAUAUAGUUGUUAAUUCAAUAGGAGAGAACACGUGGUAAUACCAAUAGAGCUUGGAACAACUAAAAUUAUUUUUUACCACGGCAAACAUAUUUUCCUAGAAAAGAAACUAAAAAAAAAUAGUGUUUGAAUUACCAUUUACAAGAAAAAAAACUUUCUUGUAUCUACCUUACUUCAAAGAAUUAGACAUUAUUAUUACUAAACUCGCAGGUUUACGCAGCUGAUUUUUGUUUUAAUCGGUAACACAGAGUGUAAAGAACAGUUUCCAAGAAGUCUCAGUUUGGCGCAUGUUGGCGCAAAAUCAAUACACGUUUUUGAUUUUACAAAAAUUUGGUGUUCUCAAAAUUAUUAAACAAACUUGUUUCCAAAUUUAUUUGAAAACUUUUUUAAAUGUACAUGACCUAAUACAACUAGAUCAAUUUUGCAAAAUUCAACAAAUCACAAAUAAAAUAUGUCUUAAGACUUAUCCAAGCGAUCGUGAAAAUAUGCUUAUUUAUUGUGUGACGACUUCUCAUGGUUAUAGAUUAAUUAAUAUGGAGGUUUUUGGUACUUAAACUCUUUAAAUAUAUUUAAUUACUUAUUUUUAACACACAAAAAGAGAGAGAGAGAUCUGGCACAUCAACUGUAAACUAUUCAAAUGGGGAAAACAUUGAUGUUUUAGUACCAUCUAUCUAUUGGCGGCUGAUUUUCUCUUAUACAGAYUGGUUAUAAAUGAUUUUCAUCUAGCCAGCUGUGAAUUUUCCAUGUAAAAUAAAAAAUGCUGCUUUACGAAAAUAGGGGUACCUACUUGUUGUAACUCAAAAUUAAAAAAUCGCCGUUUACU